UUGUCCCUCCAUCCCUUAUUCAAAGAAGAUCCUGCGCAUUGAGGUCCAAAAUGCUCUCGCUAUGAACGGCUUGUGCCGGCUGCAGCAUCCAGCAUGUCGGACAACUCCCCUCCACGAAAACCUCUGCACGAACGCACCGAUUCCCUGAGCAACACUCGAGCAGGCACAGCGGCAGCAGGAAUUCGGCUCGUCCCAAAUGUACCGCAACUGCUGGGACAAAGAGAUGAAAUCUAUUCACGGACAGGAUCUCACCUCCCGACACAUCCCAGUCACUUUCUGACCCCGGGCAAAGGCAAGGGUCCUGCAUUAGACGACGAGUUUCAACGAACCACCAAAGCGCAAGCAGCAUCGUCGUCCAGUGGUUCACCAGUCAUAACAACGCAUACACCGCAUCAGCCUCCUCAAUAUGGAAACUCUGCGACAGGAUCUCCCAUCUCGAGGCCGAAACCCCUGCCCAGGAAACGACUGCACAUCCACAGUGAUAAUAAGACCUUCUCCUUGUUACAAGAUGACUCUCAAUCGGUCCAAGAUGAUUCGAAGUCGUUGUCCUCCAAGCAUAGGUCCUCUGAUUCGCUUCUCUCGGACCCAAGCAAUGCGGGCAGCCGGCGUAAUUCCAUAGGUUCAUGCGUACCAGGUCCUCACUCACCUGUCGUGCCUACCACUCCAGCACCGCAAAAUAAGCAACCAAUAUCUGCUGAUCCUAUAAGCAACUCGCCUUGGAAUUAUCAGCUCGUCGGCGGACUUCGAAAAGUUCCAAAGACUCCAGAUCUCAAGCAGAAGGCAGCAACAACAUCUGAUAGCCCACUUCCACCUCUACCAGAAACAUCGGACGGACCACCAGCUUUGUCGCACGAUCUCUCCACGAAACCCAGCUUUCAGUCUACGGAGACGACCAAUUCGGAGCAUACCAACUACAAAGUUUACGCUGGAUCGGAAUCAAGCUCUGAACCCAUCUUCCACCCCCCUUCUAUCGACGACAAUUAUCAGGUUAUUGGUAGUCCGUCACCAACGUCAUCCAUUAUAUACAGGCCGCAGACAGCUGCAUCAGAGGACGAAAACGAGAACUACCAGUUGCACGGAGACCCGUCACCCUCGACGUCAUUCGUCAACCUCCCGCCACCAGGCAGAUACUCUCAGGAAUCCCUCGUCGUUCCUCCGUUGAGGCCGCGAGCUCGCAGAUCAAACGAGAAUCUUGGAUAUUAUAAAUCAAGGUCAAGGGAGUCGUUACGGACGGGAUCACUGACGUCCAUUUCGACAGUUCUAAGUCAACAAGAGGCUCUGCGUGCAAUAGUGGGCUCCGGUUCUUUGAUACAGUUGCCGAUUCUGAAACAGAAACCAGAAGGUCCAAGUUCAUGGGAAAAUCCUCUACGCUUACACCCAGCGCGGUCACACAUGAACGAGCAUCCGCAUCAAUGGAGCUCACAGCUUUCAACUGUGCUCUCGGUAUCGGACGGUGGAACCGAUCGAGGUUCAAGGUCAUGGUCGGACGGACGCAUCAGCAGCGGGUUUCCAAGCAGUACCUCACGUCACAGUCGGCAGAUGCUGUCUAUAAGUUCUUCCAUGGCUCAAGAAGAAACUAUCUCUCGAAGCGAAUCGAUCGAGCCCCCAACACCAGCUUUCGUCCAGAAUGGUCAGCGUCAUCAUAGCAGUUCUUCAAUUGGUAUUGUUUCCAAUCAAGACGAGUUUGGUGAUGGCAUAACAGACAUGCAAGAUUUGAACUUGAGAACACGACCUUCCAGGAGUCGACUUUCGGGUUUCUUCAGUAUAUCAGAUAAUGGUCGCACGAAUACUAUGCGCUCAACGACUAGUUCCAGAGCUAACAGCUUACUCGGGAACUCUAUACCCACCUGGGCAAAAUUGUAUUAUGGUAGUGGCGAGAGACGAUAUCUAGGUGCUCCGGGCAGCUCUACUGAAGGGACAGACAGUCGAAGUAACUCAUUUAGGACCGGUUCGCCGAACACAGAUCAUUUUCCUUUGAGUAUAUAUAGUCCCCGAAGGCGACCUCGAGAGGUCAAUCCUCGGGAUAUAAAUCGCUCGGCGCGAGGGUCGUUGGAAAUAUCUCCUGCGCCUCAAUUGGGAAGUGAUGGACGGUUAAUCCACGAUCCUCAUGCCGGGCGGUUCAGGACAUGGAGCAUGUCCAGUAUCUGGUCGCCACAUUUGCGCCUCGAUAGGCGCGCAACUCGCCGCAGCGUGUGGGAACCGCCAUCCAUAAAUUGGUCGACAGAAGGUGGUAUGUUUGGACGGCGGAAUAUACAAAUAGUAAUGUUUAUUGCGGGAUUUGUCUUCCCCUUCGCUUGGAUGAUUGCAGCACUUUUGCCUUUGCCACCAAGUCCCAUGCGAGACAUGCGUGAACGAGAUAAUAGCACGAGCAACUUGGAUAGCUCCAAUGAUGUUCCUAAUGAUUACGCCCGUCAGUUUGGACCAAUGGAUGAGGUCAGGUACGAGAGUGCAAAGUGGUGGCGUGGGCUCAAUCGAUGGAUGUCGAUCUUGGGGUUGUUGGUUAUCGUAGCAGUGGUUGUCCUCGUCAUCAUUAGUAUCAGAGAGGGUUGGUAAAUUCUCUACCAGCUCAACUUCAUGAUUGUCUACGAAUACACGAAUCAACGAGCCUCCGUCGCCGAACUAUUAUCACUAGCGCUAGAUCUUUCC